GGGCAGCGCAGCUUCCGUAGUGACACCGAGCGGCGAGCGCGAGCUCAAGAGCUUAGUCAUGAGCAGCCCGUGUGUUUGGGGACAAAGACAGCCGCUCGCCUGCUGGAUAUAAGGGCAGAGUCCGGGCCCGUGGUUAACUAAUAGUGGAUUAACACCGUCCGCGUUUAUUUUCUGGCCUCUAUUUAACACUGUCAACGCGGUUUUGUAAAAGAGAGGCGCUAGCUUAGCUCGCUAGCUGUGUGCUUGUGUGUGUGCGGGUUUAAAGGUCCGGUUCGGGUUUGGUACGGAACUGUCGCUAAACUGGCGAGGUGACCAAGGAUGAAUCGGUUCCGAAAGUGGCUUUAUAAGCCAAAGAGGUCAGAUCCACAGCUGCUGGCCCAGUUCUACUAUGCAGAUGAAGAGCUGAACCAAGUGGCCACUGAGCUGGACAGUCUGGACGGCAGGAAGGACCCUCAGAGGUGUACAUUGCUGGUCAACCAGUUCCGCUCCUGCCAGGACAAUGUGUUAAACAUCAUAAAUCAGAUCAUGGAUGAAUGCAUUCCCGAAGACCGAGCCAACAGAGACUUUUGUGUGAAGUUCCCAGAAGAGAUCCGCCAUGACAACCUCGCCGGGCAGCUGUGGUUUGGGGCCGAGUGCCUGGCAGCAGGAUCGAUCAUUAUGAAUCGUGAAAUCGAGAGCAUGGCCAUGAGACCGCUAGCUAAAGACCUCACCCGUAGCCUGGAGGAAAUACGCAACAUCACACGAGACCAAGCGCUACGAGAUCUCAACAACUACACCGACCGCAUGAAGGAGGCGCUACGUCAGUUUGACAGCCUCUUCGCUGAGUUUGAGCUCAGCUACGUGUCAGCCAUGGUGCCUGUGAAGUCUCCUAAAGAGUAUUACAUCCAGCAGGAGGUGAUGGUGCUCUUCUGUGAGACAGUUGAAAGGGCCCUAAAGCUUGAUUAUCUCACACAAGACAUGAUUGAUGACUACGAACCAGCUCUUAUGUUUACAAUCCCUAGACUUGCCAUUGUUUGUGGCCUUGUUAUCUACUCUGAAGGGCCUCUUAACCUCGACCGCAAACCAGAGGACAUGUCUGAACUCUUCCGGCCUUUUCGUACGUUGCUGAGAAAAAUAAGGGACCUGCUGCAGACUUUAACAGGAGAAGAGCUCAUGACACUGGAGCGCAGCCUCUGCAUCUCCCAGGAUGGAGAAUUCCCUGCAGGCUCCAGUAUCCCGUCGACCAAUGACCCGGCCUCUUCCACUGGUCCUGAGAGCCAUCUGGAAACACUGGAACAGGACGACAGAGAUGAGGAGGUGGUAGAUCUCACGCUUUGUGUAGCCCAGAAAGAAGAUUCUGUAUGGGAUGAGGAGAGGAAGGGGCAGCCCGAGACGUCCAGUGAGUGUGAAGAGGAGGACACCACAGAUGCAGACCUGGCUUGCUCUGUGCAGUAUGAUGAAGAAGAGAUCGAGCAACUUAAUAUGAUGGUGCAUCAAGUGGGGGAUGAAAUGUCUACGCUGCUUUCCCCUCCAAGUCAGAAUCAGUCCCCAGCCCAUCGGCCUCGGCCCUAUAGGGGAAGUAGUCUUGAAGGCUCCAGUGCUGCCUCCAGCACUCAGGCAUCUCCACGGAGAGUCCCGGGAUCCUACCAAGAUGAUGAAAGAGUGUUUCUUAUGGAUGACCUGGAGUCUGGUGCCGAGCUGUGCCACGGACAGCCUACUCUUCCUACUGUAUGCCUCAGAUCCCCUGAGCACAGUCGUCCCGCCCCUUUGACUGACUCCUCAUGUAACGGUUGGUUGACGGUCUGUCAAUCAAGCAAUGACACUAAUCUGGGUUCCCAGUGCCAAUCAGCUGAACCUGUGGGGAACUCCGAAAGGUCACCCAUCGUGAACAGCUGGGAAGGAUCUCAGGAAGAGGAUAGCGUACAGACUGCGGAUGAAAUCGCCAAUCGGACCGGUGGAAUGAAGUUGUCCGCCACAGUUAUUUUUAACCCUCAUUCUCCAAGCUUGACUGACUUGGCCGUCGUCGUACCUCAAUUGGUUGACGUUCCAGAACCCGGUGAGGGCGGGGCUUUAGUUGCCACUCAGUGCCUGCUUAACUCCUGCGUGUGCUGCACUGGCGGAUGCGUAGACAACCAUGAGGAUGCCAUGGAGCCUGCUGGACGGGGCAUGACACUGGGAUUUGAAAAGCACAAGCUCACAAUAACAAGCUCUGUAUUCCAAUCAGCAGUAGCCGCUGGCAGCCCAGGGAAGGGAAAUGGACAUUUACCACUCACUCUGCCCCCGUCUCAGGGCCACCUCACCCCUUGUGUACCACACUGUUCGGUGCAGAACCAAGCGAGAGAAGAUGAGGGCACUCAGGACUGUUCCCACUAUCCCUGCUGUGAGAAAUGCGCCCCAGGGGUUCUUCUGACUCAGGAAAGAGGCUCAGGACAAGGAGAGGGAGGACCUAGUUGCACCCACCAGGAGACAGGAUGCCCGACGCAACCUAACACUACGAUUAAAGGGAGAUCGGAAGGUUUUGGAAAACAGCCAAAGGAGGAUAACAGAAAGAUCUCUAGCAGUUCUCAGGAGUCCCUUCUCAGUUCUGUCCCCAGCAGUGACAUAGAUGGUGUUUCUGUCACUACAUGCAGUUUGUCAAGUUCAUACACACCCAGCCUGACCACCAGCUCGGACAUGUCUGAGGAUCUGGAUCAUCAGGAGAUUCAAAUGGCGCUGCAAGCUGCCAAACUUGCUGCUCACAACAAAAUUCGCUCCCGUUUCCACAGCAGUAGUGACCUCAUCCAUCGCCUCUUUGUCUGCAUAUCAGGUGUGGCUGAUCAGUUGCAAACAAACUAUGCGAGUGACCUGCGAAGCAUCUUAAAGACUCUGUUUGAGGUGAUGGCUACAAAAUCCGACCAAGGGGACAAUGAAAAGCCCAAGAAAGGUCCGUGUCUGGGCAGCGCUGUACUGGAGGACUGUGCUCUCUGUCAAGAGACCAUCUCUUCAUCAGAGCUUGCUGCCAAAGCCCGAGAGGGUCAGUUUGAAGAUCCUCCAGAAUGGGUACCAGAUGAGGCCUGCAAUUCCUGCAUUGCAUGUAAAGCACCAUUUACAGUCAUCAGAAGGAAACAUCACUGCAGGAGCUGUGGAAAGAUCUUCUGUUCCCGCUGCUCAUCACACACAGCCCCGUUGCCUAGAUACGGUCAGAUGAAACCUGUGAGAGUCUGCACUCACUGCUACAUGUUCCACGUAACGCCUUUCUACAGCGACAGGACGGGUAUCUGACCACAGCGCUCUCUCUUACAUAAGCACACUACCACGAGUCUUACUGAGGUUUGAGACUGCAACGAGAACACACACACACACACACACACACACACACACACACACACACACACACACACACCAUUUUCAUCAUCAUCAUCAUCAUCCAAAAAAUGUAAAUAAUGCAAUCACUUCCAAGUGCAAGAAACAGCCUUGACCAGGGAACGGUGAGAAGGACUAUAACUGGACGCUUUGGAAAGACUCGAGCACAUAAAGGAAGUACCCCUUCUCUGUGGGAGCCAAAGUAUUUAUGUAGGGCUUUGCUUUCGAAUAAUGAGCUUACUUACAAAUUUGCUUUAAUCGAGCACGGAACAAGUGGGCUAUUCAGUAAAACAGAACAAAAUAGCUUGUUAAAGGAUUUUGUGUGGCUUUAUUAGCACCGGAGGUUCUAUGGGCUCAGAUUUCCAGAGUGAUUGUAAACUGUGAGCACAUUAUUAAUAUAACCAUAACAAAACUAUGACAUCAUAUAUGAAGGUAAUAAUGCUAACACUAACUGCACCAUCAGCGACACUUUUGUGGCACAAUAUAGCACAGAUGGGUUUUCUCUCUCCAAAUGUUUAUAAUGCUGCUUUCUGUAAGACAGAGAAGUGAUAUUUGGGGAUUAGAUGAAUGGCCGAAAAUAGAGAUGUGUAUAGUUUGAAAUGGAUUUAAUGUAUCUUCCAAAAGAGGAGAUUCUCUCAUUUCCUCAUGCAAAUGAAUGUGCAACAUUUAGAUCUUCUUUUCUUUAUUUUUGUUUGUAACUUAUACUGAACUGUAAAGUAAUUGCCUUUUACAGCAGUUUGGGAGCCUUCUGAUUUCCCUCUGGUACAAAAGAGCCCCUACCUCAUCCCCGUUUACCCCCUGACACGGCUCCGUCCCGUUACAUUAUGCCUACACUACUGUCUCAGUCAGUCCUGACUGUGCUACACUAAGAGGCAGAUGCCUUUAUUUGUCUUUGCACACUUUUGUUUUAUAUAUAUAGUGAUCAACCACUACAUUCUGUCUGUAAAAGUUUAUUGAUUAUACCUGUCAAGAGUCAUAUUUUGCUGCAAAAUAAGAAAUUCAAAAAAAUGUAUUUUAAUAUUUCAUAAAGAAAAUGUAUCAUUUUUUUAGGAUUAUUAUAUAAUAUAAAUUCUGAAUUAGUAUUAGGAUAAUUAAGCACCCUCGCAAAUAAAUUCAUAUUUUAUUUUACAUUUUGAAGGAUCUUUACUUUACGGUAUACUUGUGCUGAAUUUAAUUGAUCCUACUUUGAUUUAGAAAGAAAAAUAAUAAUCAGCCUGUAAUUAGCUUCAUUUUCUUUAUGCAAAAUAUUGAAUUUGUGGUAAAAUAUGACUUGGAAACUAACCUUUGACAUUUUCCAAUGUAAGAAUGAAAGCUGAUCUUCUGUUGGUUUCAGAUGUCAGUAUAAUCAGAAAAUAAGCUUUAGUUAACUGCAAAACAUCUGCUUUUGUAACAUCGUCACCUUCCAGUAAUCAAACAGGCAAGAUUUGAAAUUGCUAUCGAUUUGAGCAAGAGCUGUGUAAAUGCACUAGGUUUUGCAGUUGAAAUCGUCUGAAAUUGAGCACAUGAUAUUGUGCUUCAAAACGGCUUUGCCCAAAACACUUGAUAUGAAAUGUAAUAUUACAAACACUACUGGCUGGCAUAAAAUGCACUUUGUAUGGUAAAUAGAGGAGAAUUCAAAAAAUGAGCUACAGCUGGCAAGCAAUGGCGCAUUUGAUGAUUCAUCAAGUGUAAUGAUCUCAAGUCAUUUUACAGUAAUAUUAAACCUGAUUUCAGACGUUAACUACAAACAAAAUUGUUUCUGAGAUCUUACAUAAGUGUUUAAACAUUCUCUGUAGAUACUGUUUUCCAACUCUAAAAAUCGGAUCGACACUGAAAUAGUAAUUUAUCAUUCAUCAUUUGUGUUAUUAAUCAGUUCCGAACACAUUCCUUUUUGCCAAAGUUGUAAUUGUAAAUCAUUGGCUUCACUUAUAACAGGUUUCUAGUAAGGUAAAGGUCUAAUAUGUUUGCAUGCAUCUUGUGAAGCAACAUAGAUUGAUUGAUCUGAGUGUGACCGGUUCUAGCAAUAUUGUAAGACACACACACACACUUGAGGCAGUUUGAUUCUGCUGGUUGAUGGUUAAUACGUUCCCUCUUUCUGUCUCAUUACCUAAAUCUCCUCAUUCCUGUUCUCGCAUCUACUGCUGCAUUUCCAGGACAUUCACAACAGAUAUAAAGCUUUAAAACAUACUGUAACUCUGCAAAGCAAACUGAGAUUUUUGUGUUCCAAUAUAUUUGCAUUAAACAUAUUUAAAGGUUUAUGUUGAUGAAUGGCAGGGUACAGUACAUUUGGUUUACUUUGGCAUAGUUUGCAGUUAAUUUGAUUCCCUCCAGAUUUCCUACUCUGACCACAGUUGGUUGUUAUGAUAAGAUUGCUUUGGCUUUGUUCAUCUGUAGUCAGCUGACCUGAUUCUAGGACCUUCAGUAUUGGGAUAGAGGUCUACACCUGACACUGACACACUAUGCCACCAAAAAUACUGCAGAUAUAGCAUUAGGAUCACGACUGGGUAGAUAUGAUAUAGUGUUAUAUACAGAUAUUCAUUGUUAUUUAGCGGUAUGAUCAAGUAGACAUUUGCCAAAUGGAUCAAAUCUGUCAUGUUUGUGGUUGCUUCCUGUUUUGAUAUCAUGACUGUUCCUCAGGAUUGAUUGAUUGUACAUCGACAUGAUACCGAGGGAUUGAUUGUAUUUUAGUUUGAAGUGAGACCAAAUGUCCAGCACUUCCUCAGACGGCAGACUCAACUUCCAGCCGGUUGUGUUGAUAAGCUCAGUUUCUGAUUUGUGCCCUCUUACAAUUCUCAUUUUUUCCUUUUUUUGCCUUUUUUUAUGUAUUAAUUGAAAAAAAUAAAAUUAUACAGAUGUUUUAUUUUACAGAGUACAAAAAUAAUGAAAUUGUAUGUGUACAAAAUUCCUUCUUCUGUAUAAAGAGAAUCACAAUGAGAGAAUUUACUCUAUUUAUUCAAAGCUUGUUCUUAUUUUGUAAUGGCCGGUUCAGUCUAAUAAGAUGUAAAGAAGAACUUUACGAAGUCUACAAAGUAUUUAUGUCAUGCAAUGAAAGUAAUAAAGUUUUCUUUACAGAAA